UAUUAAUUAAUUGCAAACCAAAAAAUAACUACCCAUAAUAUCAAUUCAUAGCCACCACAAGAGGAAGAGAUCUAGAGAGAGAUGAGACACUCAACAAUGAAACCCAUUUCCAGUCCAGGAAGAACAGAAAAGUUCCCGCCGCCAUUAAUGAGGUUCUUGAAAAAUAACGUCGGAAGUAAGAGCAGUAGAAGAAGAUACAGAUCAACCCCAAUGUUCUUCCGUAAAAAGACUGCAGUCAUUGAACCAACCCAAGAACCUUCUUCUCCCAAAGUUACAUGUAUCGGCCAAGUCAGAGUCCGCCGGAGCUCUAACCGCAAUCCAAGUCGUCGCCGGAGUACGGCAAAAGAAAUCCCUUGUUCUUCCUCCUGCAUGUGGGUCAAGAAAUCAGCUCUUUCUUGCUUUAAUUUUGUAAAACGGAAAUGGUUUUCUCCUUUUGGGUAUUGCAGAAAAGGAAAUCUAAAGGAAGAAAUUUCACCGGUUGAGUUGCCGGAGGUAAUUAAAGUGUCGCCGCCAAUGAAAACAGAAACCGAGUCAUCAUCGGUGAUCGGAAAUUCUUCGUCUUCACCUCCAAAGAACGCAUUUUUACUGACGAGAUGUAGAUCUGCUCCUUACCGAUCAACUUCUCUCGCAAGUCGAUUUUUAAACGCUGAAAAAGAAGAUUCAAAUUUUCAAAACUCAAUACCGACGCCGGAAAGUAGAAUGGACCACCGAGAAAGUGAGUCGUCGGUGGGAACUCCGGCGGAAGAAGUGGAGGAGAGAGAGAAAGAAACGGUUCAGCCUUUGAUACUAACUCGGUCCAAAUCUGAACCGGCGCGAACCGGGGAGAAGAUUAACCCGGAGAUAGGUUUGUCUAGACCGAGAAGGUUAGGAUUAUCAGACAACCGUUGCUCUCCACGUGUUUCUGACUUCAAUUAAGGCCUUGUUUGGAUAUUAAUUAAUUCUAGUCUAGUGUAAAUAUUUUAGCAUAAAUUUUGGUCAAAUAGUAAUUAUGUGAUUAUUGUUUUGAAUAAAUAUAUUCAAAAAUUGGAAAGAGA